AUGUUUACCAUCAAAUCUCUCCUAAUCGCCCUUGUCCUCUCCACAAUCGUCAUAAUGGCAUCUUGUGCUCCUCGAGGACACCACACCUCCUGCCAUAAAAUCUUGAAUCUAGCGGAAGUCACUUGUGGUCAUCGAUGUGAGAACCCUUCGGUUCUCCAGAAGGGCUGUUUGAAGAAACGACAAUACUCCAUGGAUGAAAUUCUUGCUACUUGUUGUCCUGACUAUUUUUUUCUUUGA